CACUGCGCAUGUGCGUUGCCCCGGGUAGCGCAGGUAGCCCAAGCGGCGCGGCGAGUGGGCCGGUGCCCGACCGGGAGGAGGGGCCGGCGGCGUGAGGGGACGCGCCAUGAGGGCCGUGUUGACGUGGAGAGAUAAAGCCGAGCAGUGUAUCUAUGACCUUGCGUUUAAGCCCGAUGGAACCCAACUGAUUUUGGCUGCAGGAAACAGAUUACUGGUUUAUGACACCUCUGAUGGCACCUUACUUCAGCCCUUAAAAGGACACAAAGAUACAGUGUACUGUGUGGCAUAUGCAAAGGACGGCAAGCGGUUUGCUUCUGGAUCAGCUGACAAGAGUGUUAUUAUCUGGACGUCAAAAUUGGAAGGCAUUCUGAAGUACACGCACAACGAUUCUAUCCAGUGUGUCUCCUACAACCCCGUUACCCACCAACUGGCAUCUUGUUCCUCCAGUGACUUUGGCUUGUGGUCUCCUGAGCAGAAGUCUGUCUCCAAGCACAAAGCCAGCAGCAAGAUCACCUGCUGCAGCUGGACAAAUGAUGGUCAGUACCUGGCUCUGGGCAUGUUCAAUGGAAUCAUCAGCAUACGGAACAAAAACGGGGAGGAGAAAGUCAAGAUCGAGCGGCCGGGGGGCUCGCACUCCUCGAUAUGGUCCAUGAGCUGGAACCCUUCCAGCCGUUGGGAGAAUUUCUGGAUGAACAGAGAGAACGAGGAUACCGAGGAAGACAUUGUCAACAGAUACUUUCAGGAAAUUCCUUCCAUUCUGCCAUCAACAGUGUACUCUAGUCAGGGUAGUGAGGCAGAGGAGGAGCCAGAGGAAGAGGACGCCUGUCCCAGGGACGACUACUUAGAGGAACGUAAUGACAUCCUGGCCGUGGCUGACUGGGGGCAGAAACUUUCCUUCUACCAGCUGAGCGGAAAGCAGAUUGGGAAGGACCGCCCGCUGAACUUUGACCCCUGCUGCAUCAGCUACUUUACUAAAGGGGAAUACAUUUUGUUAGGGGGGUCGGACAAGCAAGUAUCCCUUUUCACCAAGGAUGGAGUGCGGCUUGGGACCGUGGGGGAACAAAAUUCCUGGGUGUGGACAUGUAAAGCGAAACCCGAUUCGAACUAUGUGGUGGUCGGCUGUCAGGACGGCACCAUUUCCUUUUACCAACUUAUUUUCAGCACCGUCCAUGGGCUCUACAAGGACCGCUAUGCCUACAGGGACAGCAUGACUGACGUCAUCGUGCAGCACCUGAUCACUGAACAGAAAGUUCGGAUUAAAUGCAAAGAGCUUGUCAAGAAAAUUGCCAUCUACAAAAAUCGAUUAGCUAUCCAACUGCCGGAGAAGAUUCUCAUCUAUGAGUUGUAUUCCGAUGAUUCGUCAGACAUGCAUUACCGGGUGAAGGAGAAGAUUGUCAAGAAGUUUGAAUGCAACCUCCUGGUGGUGUGUGCUGACCACAUCAUCCUGUGCCAGGAGAAGCGUCUGCAGUGUCUGUCCUUCCGUGGAGUGAAGGAGCGCGAGUGGCAGAUGGAGUCUCUCAUUCGCUACAUCAAGGUCAUCGGUGGCCCUCCGGGCAGGGAAGGCCUGUUAGUGGGCCUGAAGAAUGGACAGAUCCUGAAGAUCUUCGUGGACAAUCUCUUUGCUAUCGUCCUGCUGAAGCAGGCCACGGCUGUGCGCUGCUUGGACAUGAGCGCCUCCCGCAACAAGCUGGCUGUAGUGGACGAGAACGACACGUGUCUGGUGUAUGACAUCCACACCAAGGAGCUGCUUUUCCAGGAGCCCAACGCCAACAGCGUGGCCUGGAACACGCAGUGUGAGGACAUGCUGUGCUUCUCGGGCGGGGGCCACCUCAACAUCAAGGCCAGCACCUUCCCCGUGCACCAGCAGAAGCUGCAGGGCUUCGUGGUGGGCUACAACGGCUCCAAGAUCUUCUGUCUCCACGUCUUCUCCAUGUCCGCUGUGGAGGUGCCGCAGUCAGCGCCAAUGUACCAGUACCUGGACAGGAAACUGUUCAAAGAAGCCUACCAGAUUGCUUGCUUAGGGGUGACGGACACCGACUGGCGCGAGUUGGCCAUGGAGGCUUUAGAAGGGUUAGAGUUUGAAACAGCCAAGAAGGCCUUCACCAGGGUACAAGACCUGCGGUACUUAGAGCUCAUCAGCAGCAUUGAGGAGAGGAAGAAGCGGGGAGAGACCAACAAUGACCUGUUUCUGGCAGAUGUGUUUUCCUACCAGGGGAAGUUCCACGAGGCCGCCAAACUGUACAAGAAGAGCGGGCACGAAAGCCUCGCGCUGGACAUGUACUCUGACCUGCGCAUGUUUGAGUACGCCAAGGAUUUCCUUGGAUCUGGAGACCCCAAAGAAACAAAGAUGCUAAUCACCAAGCAGGCGGACUGGGCUCGAAAUAUCAACGAGCCCAAAGCUGCUGUGGAGAUGUACAUGUCCGCGGGGGAGCACACCAAGGCCAUCGAGAUCAGCGGCGACCACGGCUGGGUGGACAUGUUGAUCGACAUCGCCCGGAAGCUGGACAAGGCGGAGCGGGAGCCGUUGCUGCUGUGCGCGCAGUACUUCAGGAAGCUGGAGAACCCCGGCUACGCGGCCGAGACCUACCUGAAGAUCGGCGACCUGAAGUCCCUCAUCCGGCUGCACGUGGACACGCAGCGCUGGGAUGAGGCCUUCGCCCUGGGCGAGAAGCAUCCCGAGUAUAAGGACGACAUCUACGUGCCCUACGCACAGUGGCUCGCUGAGAAUGAUCGUUUUGAAGAGGCUCAGAAAGCCUUCCACAAGGCCGGGCGGCAGCAGGAGGCCGUCCGGGUGCUGGAGCAGCUCACGCACAAUGCCGUGGUGGAAAGCAGAUUCAAUGACGCCGCCUAUUAUUACUGGAAGCUGUCCAUGCAGUGCCUCAAUAUAGCUCAAGAUCCUGUCCAGGAGGCCAGCAUGCUCAGCAAGUUCCACCACUACCAGCACCUGGCCGAGCUCUAUCACGGCUACCACGCCAUCCACCGCUACUUGGAGGAGCCGUUCAGCUUCCAUCUUCCUGAAACGCUUUUCAACAUCUCCAGGUUCCUGCUGCACAGCCUGACCAAGGACACCCCCUUGGGCAUCUCUAAAGUGAAAACGCUCUACACCCUGGCCAAGCAGAGCAAGGCCCUGGGCGCCUACAAGCUGGCCCGACACACCUAUGACAAGCUGCAGGGCCUGAAGGUCCCUGACAAGUUCCAGAAGUGCAUCGAGCUGGGCAGCCUGACCAUUCGCUCCAAGCCCUUCCAUGACAGUGAGGAGCUGGUGCCCUUGUGCUACCGCUGCUCCACCAACAACCCCCUGCUCAACAACCUGGGCAACGUCUGCAUCAACUGCCGCCAGCCCUUCGUCUUUUCCGCUUCCUCCUACGAGGUGCUGCACCUGGUGGAGUUCUACCUGGAGGACGGCAUCACCGACGAGGAGGCCGUGGCCCUCAUCAACCUGGAGGCACCGACGCAGAAGCACGAGACCAAGUGGCAGGAGGUGACGAGUAGCAAUUCCCAGACUCUGAGGCUGGAUGAGAGUGCGGACACCAUGGGGGACAGUGACCCCUUCACAGCAAAGCUGAGUUUUGAGCAGGGGGGCUCGGAGUUCGUGCCUGUGGUGGUGAACCGCUCCGUGCUGCGCUCCAUGAGCCGCCGGGACGUCCUCAUCAAGCGCUGGCCUCGGCCCCUGCGUUGGCAAUACUUCCGCUCGCUCCUGCCCGGCGCUGCCGUCACCAUGUGCCCCUCCUGCUUCCAGAUGUUCCACUCGGAGGACUAUGAGCUGCUGGUUCUCCAGCACACGUGCUGCCCGUACUGCCGGCAUCGCACGGACGACCCGGGCGAGUGAGCCCCACACACUGG